AUGAGACCUAGCGAACACGGCGAUGUGUCCAGGAGGGGGCGUGCAGAGAGUGACAUAGCAAGAACGAAUGAGGAACGUGCUAGGCAGGAGGCACAGCGAAAGCGGCGCGAGGAAGAAACGGAGCGGCAAAGAGUGGUAGAGGAGGCAGAACGAGCUGCGAGAGUGGCGGAGAAGGCGAGACAAAGACUCGAACAGGAACGGGUGGCCGCGCAGAGGCGUGCAGCAAGGGCAGCAGCACUUGAAAUGGCGGAGGCAAGGUGGAAGCGCCUUGAGGAGGAGGCUACGCGGGAGAGGGCGGAAUCUGAACGACGGCAGAGGGAGAUGGAGUUAGAGCAAAAGCGAGUGGAGGACGAGCUGGCGCGGCUGGUAAUGGAGGACGAGCAGGAGAGGACGGAGGCGCAUCGGCGGCACAGUGAUAGCGAGGCAGAUGUAAGGGGAACGGAGGCCGUGAGUCGCAAUGGAGAGGGGGUCCCCGAACGGCAUGAAGAGGAUUCGGAGGGAGGGAGGGGACGAGGAGAUUUGGCUGAACAAGAUGCCGAACCACCAAUCCGAACAUCCCAACCUGGGCAGACAGCACGACGAGGAAUGUCGAUUGCCGCUGGCCUGGUUGAGAGGAUUAGGACGGCGCGGCAGGUGGGGGCGCAGCCGACGGAGGGAGAAUUGGCUUCUCGACCAUUGUUGCCACGCGACGCGCAAGAACUACCUGAGGGGGAAACUCUACGAGACAUGAACGCGGCGGAGAGGGGAUUAGGAACGGUGGCGGUAGUUCAAGGACUGUCGGGGUGCUGGAGAAGCUUGAGGGGUACUGGGAUUCUGCAGGUGGUGCAUGUGGGCGAAGCUGAGGUAGAGAGGGCCGACAAUGAGCCACAUGAGCAGCCAACAGUCGAGGUUGACGACGUGGGCAAGAGAGCUGGAGUGGAGCGGCCGUUCAAGGCUCCCGGAUUGUUUGAGCGAAACAAGGGUAACGACGAGAUGAUAAGGUACACAUCUGAGCAACAAUAG